AUGCAGCCCGUCGACGCAACGCGUGCUGACCCUAAAGCCGCCCGCCGAUCGACUGUGGCCCCUAUGCGGCCGCAACAGCGUCUAAAAUGGGCCCGCACUUCUUUCAAGCGCGUGGUGCUCUUUCCGAAAAUCGCGAGGCGAACUGAUCCGGCCGGCCUCUCCCGGACACCGGCAGAGUGGUUUGGGUGUUGGUUCAAGCCCCCGACUGUGGCUAUAUGGGGUGAUAUUGUUUUAGAAAAGGUGGUGUGUGUACAGGCUCGGUUUGAAGGAUACUAUCUUCAGGCUAACAUGUUCAUGCUCUUCGGAUGGAGUCAGAGAGAGACGGUGGACGGCGAGACCGUCCUUGCCGCCCCGUCUCGCCUUAUAAGUAGAAAAUUUAUGUCACGCUCUAUUUCGGGCGGCUGCGGCACCCGCGUGAACUUGCCCGACGCGACGCCGCUGCGCCCUCCCCCGCCCCACCGCGCGUGCACCGGUAACGUGUUAGCGGGAAAACUCCGUGAUACGAGGAAGCGCAAUCAACACGGGCCAAUUACUCACGGGAAUUAUUCGCGACGCGCACUAAACGAACUCUCCUUGUUCGCUCGAACCGCUUUGUGGCGAUGGUCGUUCCGUGUCGCGGUUCGG